UCCCUUUGAACCUUGCCCCUUUAUGCUCUGUUAUGCUCUUUUUCCCUUUUUAACUGUUUCGUUAGUUUGCUUAUGAAAGAACUUAUACCAAUGCAUUAGAAGUAAUCCAUAUUUGUUUGUAAUGGAGCAGAAACAAGCUCACCUACCAUGGUACUAACUACAGAGAGGAUAGAGAGACAGAGAAUAAGGAGUAAUUAUAUAUUCAGCACUCCCAGAGUACCCCGUGACAUCGAUGUUUCUUAGUUCUCCGGGAGUACCCAAUAAUUGGCCGAGAAUUGGGACCUUUGAUCAAAUUGUUACCUUCAUGGAUGAUACUAAGACUUCAUCAUGUUCCAUAACUGCCCCUGAAGAAGCUUCCAACUUUGAUGAACUCUUAAUGCGACAAGGCUUGACUUUGGCGGAUAAUCUCAAGGAAUUGAAGAAUCUCAGCACACAAUUGUACUCAGCAGCCGAGCAUUUUGAACUCUCAUACUCCAGAGAACACCGGAAACAACUAGUGGUGGAAACUGCAAAAGAAUAUGUCACCAAUGCAAUCGUGAAUACCGUGGACCACUUGGGUUCUGUUGCAUAUAAGGUCACAAAUUUCUUGGAUGAAAAGGUUGAUGAAUUUUCUGGAACAGAGCUUCAGUUCUCUUGUAUGGAACAGAGGUUACAAGCGUGCCAAGAGUUGAGGAGCCGCGUUGGUGUCUCGCAACACUCACUGCUGACAAAAACUCCCACCUGCCACAAGAGAUAUAUAAUUCCUAAUGUUCGAGCAAAAAGAGCGGAGCCCGAUUCGUCGUUAUUUAGAAAAGAGCAUUCUAGUUUGCAGCCUUCUAGUCCUGGAGCCUUUUCCUUCUCAAAAAUUGUUUCCGACAAAGAACUAGUGAGAAGAACAGAUUCACCACAAUACUUCCAACUCAAGCGGUCAGGAACUCUCGUUAGGAAUUCAAUCCUUUCGACAAAUUCCAGUGCUAAACAGCCGUACCCGGAGGAGCUUCGGAGAUCGGCUUCAAUGAGUACCACCCAUAGUGGAAGGAGCAUGACGAGAGAUAUUCAACCGCACUCCAAAAAGAGCAAGCCUCUCUUCAAGGCCUUGUUUACCAUGCUAAAGCAGAAAAGAGAUGGGAAGCUAGGCAGAUAAAAUACACACUAAGGCUUUCAUUCAAUCGAUUUCCUUUUCAUUCCCCUGUCCUUUCAGGCGUAAAUAUUCAGUAUCUCCAUCAAUGCAGUUCCGUCUUAAGGUAUUAGCCUCGGCAAAAACUCAACUAUAGUACUACAAACACUUACAGACACCUUUACACAAACUCUCAUAUGGGGUGUGCGGUAGGGCAAAAUUGUCAGUCUCCGUAUCGGCGCCUGGAAAGAUAGGUCCUUGACAUGGUUCCAUCAUGUGUGUAUAGUUGGACAUACAAUUUUGUUGCAUCAGAUACAGUAAAUACUGAGAAAUUUUCUCUA